AUGGCCACGGGAACGCGCUAUGCCGGGAAGGUGGUGGUCGUGACAGGGGGCGGGCGCGGCAUCGGAGCCGGGAUCGUGAGAGCCUUCGUGCAAAGCGGGGCUCAAGUGGUCAUCUGUGACAAAGAUGAGUCUGGGGGCCGGGCCCUGGAGCAAGAGCUUGCUGGAACUCUCUUUCUUCGAUGUGAUGUGACUCAGGAGGAAGAUAUGAGGGUCCUCAUUUCUGAGACCAUCCGCCGAUUUGGCCGCCUGGAUUGUGUGGUCAACAACGCUGGCUACCGUGAGUUUGUGGCUGGGGGCAGCUCUAGGGGCUCAGGUGACUUACUUGGCCUUCUGUCUCCCCAGCUUGCCCUCCCCCACCUGCGGAAGAGCCAGGGGAACAUCAUCAACAUCUCCAGUCUGGUCGGGGCCAUUGGCCAGGUCCAGGCAGUUCCCUAUGUGGCCACCAAGGGGGCGGUAACAGCCAUGACCAAAGCCUUGGCCCUGGAUGAGAGUCAAUAUGGCGUCCGGGUCAACUGUAUCUCCCCAGGAAACAUCUGGACCCCACUGUGGGAGGAGCUGGCCGCCGCCACGCCUGACCCCACAGCCACAGUCCGAGAAGGCAUACUGGCCCAGCCCCUGGGUCGCAUGGGCCAGCCAGCUGACGUGGGAGCGGCAGCCGUGUUCCUGGCCUCUGAAGCCAACUUCUGCACUGGGACUGAGCUGUUUGUGACCGGGGGUGCAGAGCUGGGGUACGGGUGCAAGGCCAUUCCCGGCACCCCCUUGGAGCCCCCCACCAACCCAUCCUGA